CACGCCCUCCAGAGUUUCUGAUAGCUCGUCGGGUCGCGUACAUACCGCACUAAACACUCUUUCAGGAUUUAUAUAUCGAUAAUAUUAGUAGAUAUUAGACAUUAUCUGUUUGAUUACAUUAGAUAAAGGCGGGAGUGUGACGGCUCAGUGACAUUAUUAAUAGCAGAGUUAUAAACGUGCAUAUAUUGUAAUUAAUCUUGGUAUUACACAUUAAAAGAGACAAGUUGUAUGUUUUGACGCUUAAUCGGUUGAACGCGGCGUUUAUGUGGAUGUUUAUUGUGACACUGUACACAAGCUGGAUUAAACGCGUUUCUUUAUUUAGUUCACACGGCGACGCGUCCGGGAACAACGGGCUGUUUGUAUGUGACUCAUGUAGACAGACUUGGACAGUUUAAAGUGCUGAUCGGUUCCGAUCCUAAGACAUGAGCCCUCAGAAGAAGAUGAAGAAGAGAAAGCAGCUGAACGCGCUCAUUGGACUGACUGACGGCAGUAGGAAGAAGAGCAAACAAACGUGUGGACACCGAUUACUGCGAACCGAGCCGCCCGAGUCCGAAUCAGAGACGAGUUCAGAGGAGCCGGACUUCAGCCGACACCGAGCCGGACACUGCGGACUGAGUUCAGUGCACUGUUACCCGCUGUGUGUGUUCAUCAUACUGGCGGCGUGUGUCGUGUGCUGCGCCGGACUCAUAUGGAUGCAGAUCGCACUCAAAGAGGACCUGGACUCCAUGAAAGACAAGAUCCGCAUCAUGGAAACCAGUCAAAAACUGUCGUCGCACGAGAUUGUGAAACUCAGUGAGGAUCUGAAGGACAAACAGAGAAAACUAGAUGACAUUGAAAGUGGCGACAAAGGCCUGGCUAAAUUAUGGUCCAAUCUAACAGAAAUCAACCAAAAGCUCAGUGCGCUCGGCUCCGCUGUCAAUCUCUUGAAAGCGAACAUAAAAUCAGCAUCCGAUCUCAUCGCACUUCCAAGAGCGGUCGAGGAGCUCCAGAAGAGUGUGGCCACUAUCGGCAGCACCGUCACCAGCGUCCAGCACGACAUCUCUAUGAUCAAGUCUGUCGUGGAAGAGAGAAGGAAAGGAGAUCAACUAAAUGAAUGCACGAAUGGAGGGAAAGCUGCAAUCAUCACACCUGAAAACAUCAACACAUGUUUUACACUGAAGCAGGAAGUCCAGGAUCUUCAGGAGGGCUUGAAUGAAUUGAACAGCACUCAAGUUCUUCAUCAGUCCUGGUCUGGUGAGCAGAUCCAGAGCAUUCACUUUGUGCUGUCCAACCUCAGCAGAUGGGUGUCUUCUCUGGAACAGAGCUCUGCUGCUGCUCCUCAUCAAGAACUGCAGACUGCUGGAGAGUCUGUUAAAACAGGUUCUUCAGCAUCUCGCCGGCCCAGAUUUCUGUCUCAGAAACGUUAUAAACGAGGGCAGUUGUCCGCUCAGAAGACUGUGCUGUUUCCUGGGGUCAACUCUAUCGAAGAUCUAGAGAAGGUCCUUCGUCGGGGUCUGCAGCGUGGCGUGACGUAUGAGGAGUUGCGUGAAGUCUUUGGAUCAGAUACUCCAGACUCCAGUCUUCUGCAGCUCUAUGACACCGAUGAAGACCACAUGUUCACACCGGAAGAGCUUCACGCUGCACUGAGGUCAGUCCAGAGCAGUGAUUGAAGAGCGCGCACUGGAUCACAUCGGUGUUGAUCUGAUGGCACUAUAAACUUGAAUGUUCACUGUUUACACACUGUCAUUCACCUCAGAGUCCACUGAAGCUCUUCUUGGAAGUGUGUUUUUGUGUCUGUUCCACUGAAUUGGAUGGAGAAGCUCGAAAUGGACCGUUUUGGGUUUUUUUGCAACACACCAACAACUUGCUGCAUUUAGAUUUAUUACUCAAAAUUAAGCAUAUUUUUAGAACCAUUAAGAUUUUUUUGUGACAAUUUAAGCACAUUUUUCCAACCCAGUUUUUAUUACUGUAUUUAUACAUCAUGGUAGAUUGUACAAAGAAAUCCUUGUUGUGUGCAGUGUAAUAGAGUGGAAAUAUUGUUUACAGAUACAAAUGUUGCUUUAGAAUCUCAAUUAAAAAAAUAGUCAAAUAUCCUGACAUUUAUGAGGGAAAAUGUGCUCAACUGUCAUGAAAUUGGCAUCACAAUGCAAACAUUCCUAAAUUAGGCCUAAUUUUCUUAAUGCAGAAAAUAAUUUCGUAUUUCGUUCCUUAUGCCUCGAUAUUGACUUCAGGGUGAAAUGUGACCUGGACAUGUUUUUGUAGCAUUAUAUGUACAUAUUUCUAUGACGGGAAGUUUGUGAGAAAUGAGGGCAAAUGAAGAUGAUUUACUCAUUAUCAGAUCUAGCAAUAAUAUAAUCCCAAAUUGCUUUAAGUGGAUAUAACAUCUGCUAUUUCUAUGAUAAUAUAAUGCACUUGGCUACUUGUCAUUUAGCAGAUAUUUAGAUUUUAAUCCAAAGUACAUUUGAGUGGUAAUUGCUUGCAAAGGUUUAGAAAAGAUCAAUAUCUUGAAUGUUCAUGUGUGUAUAUAUAUUUAUCUGUAAUUUAUGUUUCUCCUACACUUGGCUCGGUGAGAUGUGAAGAUCGCACACAGUAAAGCUGUUGUAGAUUGAAAGUGUUUUUGUACAUCCGUUUUAAGCUCAUGUCUCACACACUUUUUGUUACAGUAAAACUGAAUAAAAGGUGUAAAUAUUGUAGAAUUUAACAUUUUUAAUGAUGAUUGAUUUCAAUCUGUUGGAAGAUGCUUGAUAACAUGAAACGAAUUGUUGCAUUGCAUGUUCCCUUUAAUUUCGCAUGAAUAAAAGCUCAUUUUAUUUAAA